AUGCUUAGAAGACUAGUAUCAAAGAGAAGCCUCGCUACAUUGCCAGAGACUUUAUUCCCCAACAAGUACGGUGGACGGUACACGGUCACUUUGCUUCCAGGGGACGGUGUAGGGAAGGAGUGUACGGACUCCGUUGUAUCCGUGUUCAACGCGGAGAAUAUCCCCAUCGACUGGGAAAUCGUGAACAUCUCAGGGCUAGACCACAAGGAAGGUGUUGCUGCUGCCGUGCAGUCGCUUCGCAGGAACAAGAUCGGUCUGAAGGGCCUGUGGCACACGAGCAACGCAGACCAGUCCGGUCACGGAUCCCUCAACGUUGCGUUCAGGAAGCAACUCGACAUUUACGCUAACGUCGCCGUGUUCAAGUCCCUGAAGGGUGUCAAGACGAUGAUCCCAGAUGUUGACUUAGUUGUCAUCAGGGAGAACACGGAGGGGGAGUUCUCAGGGCUGGAGCACGAAUCCGUAGAAGGUGUCGUCGAGUCCCUGAAAGUGACCACGUUGCCCAAAACGGAACGGAUUGCUAGGUUUGCUUUCAACUACGCUCAAAAGAACGGCAGGAAGGCAGUCUGCGCGGUGCACAAGGCUAACAUCAUGAAACUAGGUGAUGGGCUGUUCAGAAACACGGUCACCAGCAUCGGUGAGAAGGAAUACCCUGACAUCGAAACGUCGUCGAUCAUCGUUGAUAACGCAUCGAUGCAAGCGGUUGCAAAACCACACCAGUUCGACGUCCUCGUCACUCCAUCUAUGUACGGGACCAUCAUCGGGAACAUCGGUGCUGCUCUGAUCGGUGGGCCAGGGCUAGUCGCCGGUGCCAACUUCGGCAGAGAGUAUGCCGUGUUCGAACCGGGUUCCAGACACGUAGGGCUGGAUAUCAAGGGCCAGAACAUCGCUAACCCAACGGCCAUGCUGCUCUCCUCAGCUCUGAUGUUGAACCACCUAGGGUUGACCAAAUCCGGGAAGAGAAUCUCGGACGCUGUGCGCGAAGUGAUUGCCGAGGGAGACGUUAGAACGAAGGAUAUUGGCGGUGAUGCUACGACUACUGAGUUCACCCAAGCCGUCAUUGAGAAAUUGUCUCAGACACCUUGGUAA